AUGGCCUCAGGAAGUCCUAAUGGCGAACACCAGUGCUUUGAUGGGAGCGCGAUGACGAAAGACCAUGCGCGAAGGCAAUUGAAAAGGCUCUUCGACUCCGCUGGCAGCGGCGGCAGCGGCACGAGCAAUGGCUCCGCGCCCAAGAUCAGAAGAUAUGACGACGCUCAUAGUAGUGGCGCCGGAGCACCAACUGACACACGCUGCUUGCAGCUCUCCGAGCAGGCGCUCGCGGACUUGCGCGAAGUAUUCGCGCUGUUUGACCGGGACGGCGAUGGCGAGAUCAGACCCGAGGACGUGGGCGUCAUGUUGCGCGCCAUCGGCCAGAACCCGACGCAGGCCGAGCUCGAAAUGGCAAUCGCCGAAAUGGACACCAAUGGCAACGGCACCGUCGACUUCACCGAGUACGUCGCCUACAUGGGUGAGGAAACGCUCAAUCCGCCUACCGAAGAAGAGCUCCGUCAGGUGUUCGAGUUCUUCGACAAAGACAGGAACGGCUUCAUCACUGCGGAUGAGUUGCGCCUUCUCAUGACCGCCUUGGGCGAGCAACUGACGGACGAGGAAGUCCACGAAAUGAUACGGGAAGCCGACAUGGACGGAGAUGGCCAAAUUAACUAUCACGAGUUCGCUGCAGUCAUGAAGUAA